AUGGACCCAUAGGAUCUUCCCAUUCUUUGAACCUUCCUGAAAUUUCUGUAUGCAAGCACAGUAGUAGUAGCAUCGUAAACAUUGGACACUCAGAGGCAGAUAGGAGAAAGGUUUCUGAGAUCUAGAGUCCUGGAUUCUCGGCUUAAUUUUAGGACAACACAGUGGGUUCUCUUGCUUCACGGGUGUUUUUAUGUUGUUGCAGAUAAGUGGCUUUGCUUUCUUCUCUAUUUGAUCAAACUUAAGCACUGUUUUUCUGUUGUCUUGUCUUGUUUUUCUUGAAUGUUCGGGUGCCUUUUCUAUUUCAUUACUUUAAAUUUCGAAGUGGGUGCCUUGAUAAUGAGUAUUUCAGUUUUUGUCUAGAGUUUAAGUUUCGAAGAUGGGUUUAUGAUUUUGUUUGGCUUGUGAGAAUCCAAGAUGCAUGCUCGAUAGUCUAGGUAACUCAAGAGGAGAAAAAAAAAAAAACGAAGAAAGAAAUGGGUUUGCUUUAUUUUAGCUUGCUCAAAGUGUAAACCAUAGAUUGCUAUCGGUUUUUUGUUUUUUUUUGCAAAGCCAAGAAGGUGAUUUGAAAGGGGGAAAUGGGUCUAUCGGUGUGAUCUAAAUUGUUGUUUUAAAUAUAAAUGGAAGGGAAUUUGUCUCAAGGAGGUAUGAUUCCUGGCGGGGCUCCUUUUGGAGGCCCUGACUUGCAAGGAUCAAUGAGAGUUCAUCAUCAAGGGCAACAUCCACACAUUGUGCACCACCACCAGCAUCCUAUCCAUCGCCAAGGAUCUUCAACGCAUCCCUCAGUUCACGAUGGUUUUCCACUCACAAUGGGGGCCAUGCACAACUCUGAUCAAAACAUGUCCAUGACUGAUUACAAUAAAGGAGAUGGGAGGAAAAAUUCAGUCAGUGAUGAGGAUGAGCCAAGCUACACCGAAGAAGGUGCUGAUGGUCACAAUGAUGUAAGAAGAGGGAAAAAAGGGACUCCGUGGCACCGUGUUAAGUGGACUGAUAAGAUGGUGAGGCUCUUGAUAACUGCCGUGUCUUAUAUCGGUGAGGAUUCGACUUCAGAUUGUGGUGGUGGAAGGCGUAGGAGAUUCACAGUUUUGCAGAAAAAAGGCAAGUGGAAAUCAGUUUCAAAAGUCAUGGCUGAAAGAGGUUUUCAUGUUUCUCCACAGCAGUGUGAGGAUAAAUUCAAUGACCUUAAUAAAAGGUAUAAAAGGCUCAAUGAUAUACUUGGGAGGGGCACUUCUUGUCAGGUUGUGGAAAACCCUGCACUUUUAGAUGUUAUAGAUUAUUUAACAGAGAAGGAUAAGGAUGAUGUUAGGAAGAUAUUAAGCUCAAAGCAUCUCUUCUAUGAAGAAAUGUGUUCCUAUCAUAAUGGAAAUAGGUUGCACCUGCCUCAUGAUCCAGCUUUGCAGCGUUCCCUACAGUUGGCUCUAAGAAGCAGAGAUGAUCAUGACAACGAUGAUGUAAGGAGAAACCAGCUUGAUGAUCUUGAUGAAGAUGAUCAAGAGAUUGAAACUGAUGAUCAUGAUGAAUUUGGGGAGAAUCAUGCUUCCCAUGGGGAUUGUAGGGGCAUACAUGGGGUAUUAGGGGGUUCUGCAAAGAGACCGAGACCAGGCCAGGGCCAUGAAGAUGUUUAUUUUGGGAAUUCAUCUCAGGACCCUAAUAAAGGGUCUUCUUAUUCUCAUCCACAGAUUGCCCAAGUUGAUAUGAAUCAAGUCUCUCCUGAAAGUUCAAGAGCAUCUUGGUUGCAGAAGCAGUGGAUGGAAUCUCGCACACUUCAGUUGGAAGAACAGAAUCUAAAAAUUCAACAAGAGAUGCUGGAAUUGGAAAAACAGCGAUUCAAAUGGCAAAGAUUUAGUAAGAAAAGAGACCGUGAACUAGAAAAACUGAGGAUGGAAAAUGAGAGGAUGAAGCUUGAGAAUGAGCGGAUGACAUUAGAGUUGAAACGCAAGGAAAUGGGUGCUGAUUUUAAUUGAUUUUCCGGUCAUGUCAAUUUUGUUCAUCUCAACAGCUGGACUUGCAUGCAAAUCAAUUUUCUGUUUUUGAAGAACCAGCAGGGUUUAACAUGUGUGAUAUUAACACUCAUUCCACAAAUGAAGCUCUUGGGUCUUAAAGAGCAUUCCAAAUGAACAGUAUAAGAACAAUAUAAACAAGGGACUGUUGUAUGGAAAUGGUGAAAAUCUUGAGCUUGCUACCACAAGACUGCAGGUUUGAAUCUUUAAGGACAGCCACUUGAUGCAAAAAUCAUUAAGCAUGCAGAUGCUCGCAGCCACUAAGAUAAGCAACUUGGAUUCUACAAAUCAGUUUAGAGAGGAAAGGGAUGUUUCACUUUUGGGAGAAGCCAGAGUGUGCAGGACUUGACCUUGAUUGGUGAUUAGUUGGCGAUGAGCUGCAGCUGAACUGGACUGAUUGUUAGUACUAGAUGAAUUGUUCAUUCAUGGCGACAUGGUGUGAUCGAACAAUUUUUGUGUGGAAGAGUAUUGGUCUGGUUCUGAAAUAGGGCACACUGCCAUCUUUGAGGAGCUUGGUUGAUGGCUCAGUGCCCAAAAAAAAGCCAAGCUUUUGCGUUGCAUAGUGGUCUUUCAUUUCUCAUUGGGUACAGAGUUGCAAACAAGUGUGAAUAUCAAUUGGUGCUUGGCGUGUACUAUUUCUGCUGUUAAAAGUACUGUUGGAGCAACAAUACUUGUUCCUCUGUUUGUUGACAAUUACUGGCAGUCGAAACUUGAGUUACCGAGGAUCAGAGACCAAUUGCCAGUUGGUCUGAUGACACUGCCCCCCCUUGAAAUCAAGAUGGAGUUUAUGAUCCUGGAUAGUUUGAGUGGUCAAAGAAAGCAUAAAGGGAAUAGUUUUUUUGGCAGCUAUAAA